CUUGGCGCGCGCGCGCACCAUUGUGUGGCUGGACUCGGCCGCCCGUGCGGUGUGCGGCGCGUGUUCGGGCUCUCAGUCCCCGCACUCGCACCGCGGCUGUAUACUGCCUUGCGGUCUGCCGUCCGACAGCUAGCCUUCGGGACCUCGCCCACCACGGAUAUGCCGCGCGUCUACAUAGGACGCCUGAGCUACAACGUCCGGGAGAAGGACAUCCAGCGCUUUUUCAGCGGCUACGGCCGCCUCCUCGAAGUAGACCUCAAAAAUGGGUACGGCUUCGUGGAGUUCGAGGACUCCCGCGACGCCGACGAUGCCGUUUACGAGCUGAACGGCAAGGAGCUCUGCGGGGAGCGCGUGAUCGUGGAGCACGCCCGGGGCCCUCGCCGGGAUCGCGACGGCUACAGCUACGGAAGCCGCAGUGGUGGAGGUGGAUACAGCAGUCGGAGAACCUCUGGCAGAGACAAAUAUGGACCACCUGUUCGUACAGAAUACAGACUUAUUGUAGAAAAUCUUUCUAGUCGUUGUAGUUGGCAAGAUUUAAAGGAUUUCAUGCGGCAAGCAGGGGAAGUAACAUAUGCAGAUGCUCACAAAGAGCGCACAAAUGAGGGUGUAAUUGAAUUUCGCUCCUACUCUGACAUGAAGCGAGCAUUGGAUAAACUGGAUGGUACAGAAAUAAAUGGCAGAAAUAUUAGGCUUAUUGAAGAUAAGCCACGAACAAGCCAUAGGCGAUCUUACUCUGGAAGUAGAUCUAGGUCACGGUCUAGAAGAAGGUCACGAAGUAGGAGUCGAAGGAGCAGCCGCAGUAGAUCUCGGAGUGUCUCAAAAAGUCGCUCCCGAUCCAGGUCUCGGAGCAAAGGUCGAUCACGGUCUCGAUCAAAAGGCAGGAAAUCGAGAUCAAAGAGCAAAUCCAAGCCCAAAUCUGAUCGGGGCUCUCACUCACACUCUCGAAGCAGAUCUAAGGAUGAGUAUGAGAAAUCCCGAAGCAGAUCUCGCUCUCGAUCUCGGUCCCCCAAAGAAAAUGGAAAAGGUGAUAUUAAGUCAAAGUCCAGAUCAAGGAGCCAAUCUCGUUCCCAUUCACCCCUACCUGUUGCACCCUCAAAAGCCCGUUCUGUGUCCCCUCCUCCAAAAAGAGCUUCAAGAUCCCGUUCUAGAUCUCGUUCAAGAUCGAGGUCCAGAUCAAGUUCCAGAGAUUAACCUAGAACUUAAGUUCUUUGCACACUAUUAUGGAACACUUUCCUACUUGCUUAGGCAGUUAUUCUUCCAUGUUUAUACUUGGCCUCUUCUGCAAGAGGAUCUCCUGAAAACAGGGGCACAGAAUUUGAUUUGUGGCCAAAUUUGAUGAAAAAGAUGAGGUACUAAAAAGAUGGCAUGAAGUCACAGACCCUCUCCCUUUGUAGAAUUAAGAUAACUUUGAUUUUAUAGCUUUUGAGCUAAAAUAACUUUUGUAAAGAUUAAGCUCAUUUAGAUUUUUUUUUAAGUAUUUCAGCAGGAUCUGCUGCAGGAGUUUUUGUUUAUUUGUUUUGCUUUUUUUUUUAAAUUAACUGUUUCAAGCUUUGGAUACUUCAGGCUUUAGAGGGAGAACCCAAUUUUCAAUUAUGUUGGCUUUUUAUAAAGCUUGAGUUAUGUAAGAUUUAAAUAAAAGUUUGCUACCAAGAUGGUUGCCUUAUUGAAUAGGUUCACUGUUAAAUCCCUUUACACAUUAACAUCUGUUAUUUGUGGAGACAAGUAUAAAUUCUACUUCAGUGUAAAGCAAGGCAAGCCUCAGACCAGCAAUAAAUUACUCAGUUUGGAUAACAUUGUGCUGUUAAUCAAAUUUGCCAAAGUCUUUAAUCUGCCCCUUUAACAAGUUGAGUUAAAAAAUAAAAGGUAUUUUGUAGUCUCUUUGUUACACAGUUUUUGCCUAAAUAUAACUUAAAAGCUAGUGCUUGGGGUUUUGUUUAGCUAGUUAUUCCAUGUCCUGGAAGUGGUUAGAACUCUCAAUAUAGUUCUCAGUAUAGUUUGAUGGUCCUUAGAUAAAAUGGAAGUAGCCUUUGAUUAGAAACUUAUUGUUGUUAAAGUAGAAAAGCACAUCCUGAAAGGUCAUGCUUACCAGGCACUUAAGAGAUCAUUUGGUGUAGUCCUUUGCUGGUAAAGUCAAAAUCUUCCUAAUAUUCUGUCUUCUUUGUGGUUAGUGGGGCUUUGUGAUGGAUGAUUGGAUCAUCCUUGUAAAUUUUAUACUUUUGUGUGGUUAAAACACUGAAAGGAGUACAACAGACUUUUUGUACUGUAUGAAUUAAGUUAAUAUUAUGUUAACCAAAUUACAUGGCAGAUUUGUAGGAAUGAGAGGUUAGCAAUUAGUCCAUACAUCCAUAAGCCUAAAUAGUAGAGACAGAGUUCAAGAAGUGAGUUACAUGAUAUCCUUUUGUUCAGAUGCUUAGAACUUCAUCUAAAAAAGUAAUUGUUGGAAGUGGAGGUGUGACUCCCAUGUGGUAGAGCACCAGUGCUGAGCAAAAAAGCCAAGUAAGAACAUGAGGCCCUGAGUUCAAGUCCCAAUAUUACCUGCACACCAAAAAACAAUUUAUUAAUCUGAACUCAAGAUGUAGAUAAAUUGGCUCAGCUUAAUACCUUCCUAGGAACUGCCAAUGUACCAAGAGUUGAAUUGUGAUAAGGCAUGGUGAUAAUAUAGGAUUGGUUUGUAGAAUUAUAACCAAAGGGCAUGUAGUGGAAUGAGGCCAAGUGGAAAAACUGAGGUAUCUAGGUAGAUGCCAGUCACAAAGUAAGAGUACUUGGUAAUGA